AUGUCCCUACUCCGCUUGCCAAAUGACGUGCUUUUUAUGAUUGCCGACCUGCUGACUGCUAGAGAAGUGGUUCUGCUCGUGGAAAGUGAUCCCCUCUAUCACUUCCUCAAUGGCUACCUACUCGCCAGAUACGUCAGAACGCGGGGCCGCCAAGGUGCUAUCAAUAGUGCAGCCGCGCACGGCGCGGACGAGGUGGUGCAACGACUUCUGGACUCCGGGGUGAAUGUGAGCUGGAAAACACCAUACUGGUCGUGCAGCAGCCCGGAUCCCGAUGCGCCAUAUCACCGGCAGAUGACACCAGAGGUCCGGCAGACGUUCAAACUGCAUCCCAUCCUCUUUGCGGCUGGCAACGGCCGGACCAGCGUUGUGGCAAAGCUCUUAGAGCACGGCGCUGACAUCAACACCAAAGACCCGGGAGGCCACAGCCCGCUCCACCUCGCCGCCUAUCAUGGUCACCUCGAGACCGUUCGCAUACUGGUCGAGCGCGGGGCCAAUCUGCUGGCCGUUAAUGCCUCGGGGGCGCGCGCAAUGGGCCUUGCGGCGCAUCGGCGCUUCGACGAGAUCGGCGAUUUCCUGGACGGCGCUCUCCAGCGCAAAUACCCGUCCAUGCAUCGGGUCCGCCAAAGGGAAAUGCACCAACUGCUGUGGUACGCAGCUCGGGAAGAUGAUGUUGAUCGCGUGCGGGAUCUCCUUGCACGAGGCGCCGAGAUCGACUAUCAGAAGCCCUUAAAUGACUCCACGGCCUUGACAGCCGCGACCGCCUGCGGGUCUCCGGAGAUGGUGCAGCUCCUGCUAGAACACGGGGCAAGUCCGAAUACUUCGCUAUCUCCCAGGCCAGGACCUCCUCGACCGGGCACUCCGACCCUUACCCUGGGUCCAUUGGGGUGCGCUCUUGAGCGCGAGCAAAGUUACCGCUUUAUUGAGCUACUCAUCAAACACGGGCUCACGAUGGCGAUGGAAGCUUCCCACCUGGAGAGAGCGUUGGUGCUUGGGAAGUUCGCCGAGUUCCGCUUGCUCGUCGACACGGGUGCGGACAUUGUGGCUGAUCCACGGAUCAUCAGGCGCCUAUAUCGUGAGGCAGUUCGUCGGCAGCAGGGGGAUAUUGUCAAGAUGCUGUCUCGAAUGAGUGACAAGGUCUUGGAACCUGGCGAAGAGUUUAUAGGACGUUUUACCUUGACAACAAAAGACAGGCGUCACCCGCAAUCCUCCGCAUGA